CAAACUUGAAGUUUGAAGGUUACGGACAACUGAAACAAAUAUGUGCAUUUUUGGCGGCUCUUACGAAUCACCCGGUGAGUAUGACAACUGGGGAGCCGUUGAUUCGUCUAUCCGAAUAUGGGAAGUCGUAUACAUGUUUAAACAGUUGUAGAGAUGAAUAUUAUGACCGUUUACAGUUCCGAAUUCAGAAACGUAAUUCAGAAUAUUCGCACCACCCGUUUUUAUGGGAUGAUUUGGAAUGUCUCAGCUCUUCAACCUCGAACCUUGGUGUACAUGAAGACGUCGAAGACGUCAGAAAAGAUGUUUCGAUCAAAACGCUCUCUGUUUCAGAGGACGGCCACCUAGAUAACUUAGCAGAAGUUGAAGGCCCUCAUGAUUUUACACAUGUAAAUAAAAAGGAUGACGCCGUUUCAACUACUGAAAGAACAGAUGUCGGUACUCAAACUCAAAAACCACAUCUAAAGUCUAUAGUACAGCCCAAAGCUUUUGUACCUUAUGCUAUCGGAAGUUCUCCUGGUCCUACCUUGGGGGCUAGAAAAACUUUUAACGUCAAGUCAGACCGAGAUGUUUAUCCUUCUGCUAUACGUGCUGAGGCUCGCCGUAAAGAAAGGCUGAUUAAUUUUACGCAUGCGAAUACUGUAAACUCCAAAGUAUGUGAGCCAAAACAGUGUAUUGUGAAAAGUAAGGCAAUUGAACUAAGUAAAACUGAAAAACCCGUCCCUGCACUCCACAAAUCAACUAGAGUUAGCAGUAUGCCGCAAACAUCUGGGUUGGGUGCUUCAUAUUCUCGCUCAAAUAACAAUAUUGACUGGAAGCCAAAAUACUCGUGGGUUUCGGAAUAUGUCCAAAAAUAUCCAUCUUAUCCAACGUCAGUAUAUGUUCGCAGCGCAUCUGUUGCUGCUGGUCGUUCUCGUCCACUCUGCUUCUCAUACAGUCGACCAUCAUCCUCCUUUCUGGGGAGUUUAGUCCCAUCUACACCAGUACUGUUAAGCUGUCGUGGAUCGAACUCUACUCUUAGGAGUCGUCGUGAAACCCCCUGUGAUAUUUGUUCUACAUCAAAUCUCAGUCAAAAGUGCGCCCGUCCACUUCUUAGCGCUUACUAAUAGCAGUCAUUUAUUUUUGGCUGGCUGGAGUCAGAUUGUUAACCUGAUUAUCGUUUCUGACUGCGUGAUACUGCAUUCCUUCAAUUUCGUUCAAUUCAAUUAAUACAUAUCAUUCCUCCUACGCACGAAGUCAUCUUAGUUUUCUUAAAAUUAUUAUUUGGUAUCAUUAUGUCUCAAAUAAUGUUUUGGUAAAUAUAUACGUUUAAUACGUUGUUCGCUUUUGUUUGUAAUACCUCAUUACCACGAUGUAUGGUGUAUUUGUUUGAUAUUUGCUAGCUAUUGGUCUGAUGAUUUAUGUUUUCUUAAGGAUUACUAAUACAUUUUAAAACAAAUCGGGUUAACUAGCUAUGAAGUUCGGUACUACUGAAAGGACUUUCGAAUUUUUGCUUCCAACUAGAUUUUGUUGACUGCCUAAUUUAUGGACAUUUUGUAUUACUUUUUAUCGCUGAUUUCAAGAUUGUGUGGUUACUGUCUUUGAGCCAAAGGAAUUCAUUUUAGGCAAGCAUUCAUGUCUCAGUCUAUAGUUUUCUAUAAAUACCAUACCCGGGUUUAGGUCUUUUCUAAUUUUUGUGGCGCAUUUGUCCCA